AUGUACAAAAAAACUUGUGAAAUUGAAGUAUCAAAAUUACAUAAUAGAUUGCGAUCUCGUCAUGAAACAUUUCCUCUUGUACUUGAUGUUAAUAUGAGUAAACAAGCUCAAGAAUAUGCGGAAUUUUUAGUAAAUAAUGGUUGUUUUGAACAUAGUUCUUCGAAAGAACGAAAUGAAUAUGAAGAAAAUUCAUUGAUGAAAUAA